AUGGCCUUUCUACACGCGCAUUCGCACGAGUGCCUGAAAUCCGAACUUAGCCUCUUCUCGUUACCACCGACGCAAACGACGAUCGAUAAUUCGCAAUGGGUACACUAUAAACCCAUUUCCUCGUUGAGCGAUGACUCACCCAUCGAAUUCGAUGUGCCAGGACACGGUGAUGGAUACCGCGAUUUUGCUCACACGAUGCUCAGUGCUCGCAUUGCGCUACAACCCGUAAAUUCCGAUAUCGAGGUCAAAACUCUCAAAGAUGUGGAAAACGUCGGGCCUAUCAACAAUCUUCUGCACUCCAUGUUCAACCAGAUGGAUGUAUUCUUCAAUCAGAAACUCGUGUCACCGUCUAAUAACGCCUACGUGUACAGAGCGUACAUCGAGACCCUCUUGAAUUACGGAUCGGAUGCUAAAAAAUCGCAUCUUACGAGCUCGCUGUGGUACGGCAAUACAGCCGGUAAGAUGAACUGCGUAGACGGCGAUAACGAGGGUCACAAACGACGCUGCGCUUUGGCCGGCAUUGGAAAGCCUAUCAAUCUUAUCGGACAUCUACACUGCGAUGUCUUCAAUCAAGAUCGAUUUUUGAUAAACGGUGUAGAGACACGUUUGCAUCUAAUGCGCAGCCGCGACUCGUUUUGUCUCAUGGACCCGACGGACUCGUUUAAAGUACAAAUCGUAGAGGCGACUCUGCUCGUGCGCCGAGUAAACGUAAACCCCGGAAUACUGUUGUCUCACGAGCGCGCGCUGGCUAAAACCACGGCGAAGUACGCGCUCACGCGUGUAGACGUGAAGGUCAUGUCGAUGCACGCCGGUUUAGCCUUCAAUGGCGAUCGCAAACUCAAUCCUUUCAAUUUUGCGCAACUACAACAUCAAUUAUCUGUCUCUGUAUGUGGACAGCAGCAAAGUUGUACGAGAAUCUGCAGGCCAUCACUCACCGUUCCUGGCCGAAUAUUCGCGCGUGGGUGCGAGAAGGCUAAUCUCCUGUGCAACAUUAUGAACCGGGAGAUCGUCAAUCUGGAGGAGUCGGAAGAGUGCCCCGCGUUCAAAAAUCUCCCUCAAGCCGGCGAUCAGUGCGUAUACCACGGUAUACGCAAAGCUAACAAGCAUUUCUCGUGCUCGCUGAACAACGCGAAGCAUAUACGCGAGUGGCUGGUGCGUAAGAGCACCACCUCCACCACGAUGUCGGCGGAUACCGUCCUCCUCCUCCAGGAGUACGAGCGCACACCUCCCGAGCUAGGUAACGAAGGGGUGGACGAGCCAGACGGCGACGGUGGCUGCGCUACUUCAUGA